AUGUACGAACACAAGUCUGACAAUAUGGCGGACGAAAAGAAAGAGCAGGCUAAGCGCGUUGCGGCUGAAAACGGCGUUGUCAACCCUUCAGGUGCGAUGAUCGCUGCUUUUGCACCAAUGUACCUCGCUGCCAUACCUGUUACUUCAUACCUCACAAAACCAAACAGCGUGAUGCAGUCCUUGGUGCACGCUCUCAUCAAGUUAAUUCCUGGAGUUACUACAACAGCAAUAACAUCCGGUCGCGCUAUUCCCGCACUCUCAGCCAUUUACCUAUUCUGGACUUUCGGCGCCUCGGGUGCUCUCUCUGCGGCAGGGCAAGCCAUGGGACGAGAAGAGGGCCUGGACAUUGAGCACUCGAGAAAACAUAUUCACAAGCUGGAUGGGUUGCCGUUGAGGUUGAGAAGUGCGCAUUAUGCACUCAUGGAAAACUUCCCAGCUUUUGCACUCGCUGCUGCUCUUGCACAGGUUCUCGCGCCUCAAGACGCGCAGGUAGUGAAUCUGCUGGGAUAUCACGUUAUUGCCAAAUUGCUUGUGCAUUACCCGUCUUAUCUGAGCAAUGUAGCUUUACCAAGGACUGCUGCACAUGUCACUGCAACGGCGGCACUGAUUAACAUUUGCUGGAGACUGGCUGCCGGUAACUAG